AUGACAUCAAAAAGCUUCGCACCUGCAGCCCAGGCAUUCACGGUGACUGUAAACUGCAUCAAAACGGGUUAUUCAGCUGAAAUUGAUUUCUUGACAAAGCCCUUUUUUGGUGGAAAACCACAUCGAAUCAGCGGAAAUAUUUAUCGUUCCGGAUUCAAAAAGCCCAUUCUUACAAUAAAGGGGGAAUGGAAUGGUGUAAUGACUGCAAAACCGCUCAAUGGCGAGGAAUACAUAUUUGUUGAUGUUAAAAGAUAUCCUGAAGUGAAAAAGGAAUGUGAACCGGUUGCGAAGCAGGGUGAGAGAGAAUCACGUCGCUUGUGGAGGCACGUUACAGUUGCAUUGAAGAGGAACAACAUACAGGUUGCAACGAGCGCGAAGCGGUGGAUUGAACAAAGACAGCGGGAUGAAGCAAAAAAGCGACAGGAAGAAGGAAUCGUUUAUCAUCCACUUCUGUUUGUACGGGACGGCGAAGGCUGGAAAUACAAAGAUGAAUUACGAUGA